UAUGGAUAGGUUUUGAUGAUGAUGGUUUAGAAUGGAUUUUGGAUUGUAUACAAUAUUUGAAUGUAAUCAAGAAUGUUAUUUAUGAAUAGGUUAUAUUCCACCUCCUCCACCAAUACCAACAUUCACUAAAAUGUGUAAAAGUGCAACUGUAAGCCAAAGUUUAGUAGGGGCCAAUAAUUUUUAUGGAGGUUAUAUUCCACCUCCUCCAAUACCAACAUUCACUAAAAUGUGUAAAAGUGCAGAUGAAACCCUUAGUUUAGAAGGGGCCAACAAUUUUUUUGGAGGUUUUGAUGAUAAUGGUUUAGAACAUCAAAGUUUAGGGAAUGUCAAACAUGACAGAGAUUCAAGUAAUCCACUUUCACAGAUAAUCAAUCUUCAGUUAGCAAAUGGUGCAUGGGAUAUGGAGUCAGCAAUAGCAAAGAUUGUUGGUAAAUCAUUUAAGGAUUUAGAAGAUGCCUGUCCAGUGUCAUGCAAUGGAAAUAUGAUGACAAUAUGGGCAACAUGUAUUGUUUUGGCAUACCUGGACCUUCAAUUAUCCACUGUUAAAGAUGAAUGGGAGUUGGUUGGUAUGAAAGCAAAAUCUUGGCUUAUGAUGCAAGUUCUACCAAAGGAUGUUCCUAUGAAGAUUUGCAUGAAAAGCCAACCAAUUUCUUCGUGAUAAUGAUAAACAUGAGUAAAUGUAACUUUGUGUAACAUUGAAUCAAUACUUGACGAUUUUCUUUAUAAUUUUAUAAUUCAGUAAAAUAGACUACACAUGCUUUUUUGGGUUUUAAGUAGAAAUUACUAUAUAGUGGAAUGACAUUGGUAAUCUUUGACAAAAAUGUAUUGCACUUCUGAGUGUUUUGUCAUGUUGAGAAAAUAGCAUAAAACUAACAAGUUUUUUUGUAUACGAAAUCACGAAACUACGAGUCUAUAAAAAAUGUUUUAAAAAUAUGACUCAAUUUAAGCUCGGAGGAGCAAAAUAAAUAAAAUAUAACUUUGAGUACUUUAA